GAGUCCAUCGAAGUGGUGUUGCAGAAUGUCUGGGUGACGGAAGUGACCGGGUGGCCAGUCUAUACUCCUUGUAGCGAGUGUCACACCAAGAUCGAUCCAGAGAGUGGUGAGUGCAAGAAGAAGAGCACUGGGUGCGCGUCCACCCCUGCAUCGGAAGUCAAGGUCCUGGCGACUCUGAAUCUGAGCGACCCAACCGGUUGCGUGGAGAAGGUUUUGGCCGAUGAGGAAGCUCUGUGCGUCAUGACCAACAUCAAACUGGAGGAGAAGGCCAAGCUGGUAAAAAUGUUGGAAAGGCAUGGGGUGCAAUUUCUUUGUUUUCGUCAACCCGUGGAUGUCGAGCCAGGCUGA